AUGAAUACAUGUACGGAUGUACCCCUGCUUCUUCAUCUUUACAAAAACCAGCUUCAUCUCCUCUCCAUCGUCCCAUCUUCACACUCUACUCCUCUCCUUAAUUUACAAAUCCAAGUACCACAACUCAGAAGCCAGAUCCCAAAGGAUAUGGACCAUUUAGAUUACAAUCCACAUGCACGUAUUCUUGGUGGAAGAGUCGAAGAGCUUUCCGAUCUUGCAGGAGAGGAAGAACAACCCCCUAGACUUAAUCCACAACGUGCUUGGAUUCAUGAUUACUCAGCAAUCUUGUAUCUAAUGUACACUGCAACUCUUGUAACCAUCUACUUACCAAUCAUAUCACUUAUUCAAGUGAAGUUUCAAAACCAAAAAAAAUCCCCUUUUGAAACAAGUGGUUUCUUUAUGAACUUAUCGGUUGUUGCUUUAUGCAUAGCUACAGCCACUUCAGGAGUCCUGUUUUACAUUAACCAUCGGUUGCAAAACUCGACAAUGGAGGAUUUCUCUCUUGUUCAUUACAUGAUCCUAAAAGGAGUGUUUUCCUUCUUUGGCAUCCUCACCCCUGUUUCCCUCGUCCUCGUCUUAAUCAUCCCUAACAAGCUUGAUUGGAUUAGAUACGUAAUUAUAUGUGUUCUCCUUGGGGUCGUAGCCAUAUCUAACUUCCGUGCCUUCCAGAAGUUAAAUGACAUGGAAGACGAGCUCAACAUGGACAGCUUGGAAGCUCAUCAAAUGGUCUAA